AUGUCGGCUUUCUCUAUUUGUCCAACGGCUGUCUGGUCAUUAAGUGGGACGACAGUAACUGGUUCCACAGGGAUACGACUUAAAACCCCAAUUGCUAUUAUUGUCGACAACAACAGUAAUAUUUAUGCGGCUGAUAAUACAAAUUAUCGUGUGUUACAAUUUCCGGCAAAUUCAACUAAAGGUACAUUAAAAAUCAACGGUAGCUUUGGUACUGGAUUGAACCAAUUCUCGUCGAUGACUGAUAUGGGUAUGGAUGCCAAUGGUAAUAUCUAUAUACUAGAUGGAACUUUAGCACGCGUAACAAAAUGGACACCAGGAUCUGCGAGUGGAAUUCUUGUAGCUGGUGGCGGUCCUUUUAAUGAUUAUUUUGAUGGGCUUGUGGAUAGUAUGGGUCAGCCAGGUGGAAUGUUUAUUGAACCUCAAUCAAUGUUUAUUUGGAUUGCUGAUACAAACAAUAGCAGAAUUGUCAAAUGGGUAAAUUCAUCAACAGCAUUAACAGUCUGUGGUAGUUAUGGUUCGAAUUCCAAUCAAUUUAUUAAUCCAAAAGGAAUAUUCAUUGAUACAGCUGCUAACAAUACACUUUAUGUGGUAGAUAGUGGAAACCACAGGGUACAAAUGUGGCUUCCAGGUGCAACUAGUGGAAAAACGGUAGCUGGAAUAACAGGUUAUUAUGGUACUGGACUUAACCAGCUGUGGAAUCCAUUAGCAAUAGUUGUCGAUAGUAACCAGAAUAUGUAUAUUGCAGACGUCACCAACGCUCGAAUUCUCCAAUGGAAAGUAGGUGCAAGUUUUGGGGUGAACAUUGAAGGAAUAACAGCAUAUGGUACAUCUAGUAUCACCUUCGAUCCGAAUGGAUCACUUUUUUUUGCUGAUACUUACAAUAAUCGCGUAUUAAGAUAUACUGUUUCUUGUCUGCCUAUUAUGACUUCAAAUUGUCCAAUGACUGUUUGGGCACAGAAUGCAACAACAAUUGCUGGUUCACCUAAUGGUAUCCAAGGUUUCACUUCAACAUUGUUCAAUAAUCUAGUAGGCAUCAUGGUUGGUAAAAAUGAUUCGAUUUAUGCCAUAGAUUGGGGUACAUACUAUCGUAUGCAACUUUUUUAUCCAGGUAGUCAAUCAGGAAUAACAAUCUUUAACGCCACCUUUGGUUCAGAUCUCAAUCAGCUCUAUGACGUCUCCGCUCUGAACAUAGAUGUGAGUGGUAAUAUCUACAUACUUGACUACUACUACGAUCGUGUUACAAAAUGGGCUCCAGGAGCAUCAACGGGUAUACUUGUAGCCGGUGGUAACGGACAGGGCACUUCUCUCAACCAACUAAAUACUCCUUACGACUUAUUCGUUGAACCAAAUACAUCCUAUAUUUGGAUAGCUGAUUAUUACAAUUGUCGAAUUGUCAAAUGGAUGAAUACAUCGACUGGGACACUUGUUGCAGGAGGAAAUAACUGUGGUAUACAAGCUAAUCAAUUUAAUGGUCCAACCGGAUUAUUCAUUGACAUAUCUGAUUCGAAUACAUUUUAUGUAGCAGACUACGGUAAUCAUAGGAUCCAAAAAUGGCUUUAUGGAGCAAGCAAUGGAACAACAGUUGCCGGACAAUCAUCGGGUGUAUCUGGUAGUGCACUGAAUCAACUUAAUAAACCAUUUCAUUUGACUAUGGACACGAAUAAAUCAUUAUACAUUGCGGACUAUGGAAAUAAUCGAAUCGUUUUAUGGUUAUUAGGAGCUACCUCGGGCAUACUCAUUGCUGGUUCAGGUAUUGCUGGAGUAUUACCAUCUCAAUUAUAUAAGCCUUACAGUGUCGGACUUGAUUCAACUGGAGCACUUAUUGUCAAUGAUUACGGUAACAAUCGGAUUCAAAGAUUUCCUGUUCUUUGCUCACCAAAUACGAUAUCAUCAUCAUCAACAUCAUCAGUAUUGACCAACUCAACAUCAAUCGCUGCUACAUUACAAAACACAACAAUUACUGUUCCACUUACUACUAAUAGUCUUACAACAUCAACAAAUAACCCAACAAUUAUACAAUCAGCUUCAACAUCAAUCACAAAUUCAGUUACAGUAUUAGCAACAGUUUCAUCGUUAGCAACAGUUACAUCAUCAACAAAAGUUUCAACGUCAGCAAUAGUUACACCCUCAACAACAAUUUCAACGUCAACACUGGUCACAACAUCACAAAUGAGUAGUUCAACUAAUACAAUAACAAAAUUAUCAUCAACAAUGCCUUCAAGUUCUCAAUCAUCAAAUCAUUCAUUUGCAAUUCGUAAUUUGAAUUCAAAAUUAUUAGUAUUAUCAUUUUGUUUCAUUAUGAUUUUUAUCAACAAUUAA